CUUUCAACCCCCUCUGUCGCUUUCUCUUGUCGCUCUCUGGGUUUUUGUAGGGUUUAUAUAACCCCAGCACCAGCAUUAGCUUCACGCACACACGCGCACAAUCAGAAAUGGGGUCCUUGGAAAAUGGGGUAGAGAGACUAAUACUCAAUGGCAGAGAAGAUAGGAAGGAAACAGAGGAAGAAGAAGAAGAAGAAGAGCCAAUAUUAAAGGAGCAAAACCAGAGGUUUUGUAUGUUCCCCAUAAGGUACAAGCAGCUUUGGGAGAUGUACAAGAAGGCCGAAGCCAGUUUUUGGACCGCUGAAGAGGUUGAUCUAUCCCAGGAUGUCAAGCAGUGGGAAGCUCUGUCCGACUCUGAGAAAUUUUUCAUUGGCCAUGUACUGGCAUUUUUUGCAGCAUCUGAUGGGAUUGUAUUGGAGAAUUUGGCUGCAAGAUUUCUAAAUGAUGUUCAAGUACCAGAGGCUCGGGCGUUCUAUGGAUUCCAAGUUGCGAUGGAGAAUAUUCAUUCUGAAAUGUACAGCUUGCUUCUGGAGACAUAUAUCAAGGAUCCGAAAGAGAAGCAUAGAUUGUUCAAUGCGAUUGAAAACAUUCCUUGUGUGGCUAGGAAGGCUAAGUGGGCUUUAAAUUGGAUCCGUAGUUCCACCUCGUUUGCGGAGAGACUUGUUGCUUUUGCAUGUGUUGAAGGAAUCUUUUUCUCAGGAAGCUUCUGUGCCAUAUUCUGGCUUAAAAAGAGGGGAAUGAUGCCAGGUUUGACAUUUUCAAACGAGCUUAUUUCUAGAGAUGAGGGCCUCCAUUGUGACUUCGCUUGCCUUCUUUACAGUUUGUUAAGGAAGCAAUUAAACUGGGAAAAAGUUCAUAACCUUUUACAUGAAGCUGUUGAAAUUGAGACGCAGUUUGUGUGCGAGGCCCUCCCAUGUGCGUUGAUUGGCAUGAAUUCAACACUCAUGAGCCAGUACAUAAAGUUUGUUGCUGACCGGCUUUUGGUUGCAUUAGGGUACCAGAGGAAGUAUAAUGUGGAAAAUCCUUUUGAUUGGAUGGAGUUUAUUUCUUUGCAAGGAAAGACAAACUUCUUCGAGAGAAGGGUGGGUGAAUAUCAGAAGGCAUCUGUGAUGUCGAGCCUUCAAGAUGAUGGAAAAAACUAUGUCUUUAAGCUGGAUGAGGACUUCUAGUAAUAAAUCAUUGCGACUCCCUGAAGAAUCAUUGAGAUGCCAGAAGAAGGCAUCAAAAUUUUGUCACUAUUCAUGGUAACAUUUUCUCUGUAAUCUAUCCCUUUUAUAAGUAAUUCAAAGGCAUCAAUUCAUAGUUUGAAAUGGUAAUUUUUUUUUAUUAUAAAGUCUUUUAAGUUUGUCAUAUGUGGCAAUAUACCAGGGUGUCUUUUUCUUUUCUGUGAUCUUUAGUGGUUGUCAUAAUCAAAAAGUUGUUUCAAUUUUAUAA